UUUAUAUUCCUGAGGAUGCAGCUGUGGGCACCAUCCUUUACAGAGUGAGAGCCAAGGACCCUGAGAAUGCUGUCUUAAAGUACUUCAUUUUCCCGGAGGAUGCAGGAUUCACCAUUGACAAUACUGGAACCAUAUCUACAACGAUGAGUUUCGAUUUCAGCAGAGGACCCAAAAGCUUUUCACUGCUUAUUAAAGUGACUGACCCGGGAGGACUUUUUAUCACGGGAAAUAUAAAGAUCUUCCUCAUCAAUGUAAACAAUAAGGUCCCUAUUCUCACCUGCAGUUUAUUUAACAUCAAGGAUGGCAUCCUGACUCCUAUCCUGUUGAACUCAACCACUCGUACAGAAGGCAAUAUUACACUUGAUGAAGAAACUCCAGUGGGAAAAACUCUGGGUUCCUGCCAAGCUACCGAUGAAGACCAGAUGGGGCAUCUUACUUUUGAAUUGGACCCAGGGAAUAGAUACUUUGCUAUUGACAAAGGUGGGUCAGGAAUUGGUCUUGGGUCUUGGAAGCAGUGGGGUACAGGUGAAAGAAUUAGGUGUAAAGGGGCAGCUAGAUGGGGCAGUGGAUGGAGCAUCUGA